UUUCAACAUAUUUAAACCACAUAAAAGAAUCUUAAAUAAGAUGUCCAAUCGCGAUCCUCCCCCAGAUCCCUCUGGUGUUCUGCAGUCCUGGGAUGCUGAAGUCUGCAGAUGGAAUACAGCACAGAGUCCUGACUCCAUCCAUGAGGCAUGUAGUUCACCAAUGUGAGCUGCUGGGACCAAUUUUACAUCAUUUUCCAGCUUUUUCAUUUUUCUUCCUUUGAUUCUAACAGAAGAAUAACAAUUCAAACACCCAGUGGAUUCCUAUCUCCUCUUCCUCCUCCUCCUAUCAUGGCCUGGUUUUCUCAGUGCAGUGGAGACACGAGGUGUGCUUGCCCCUGACUGGGUCAGAACAGCAGUUUGCAACUGAAACUGAAAAAAACAACGUCCAUGGAUUGGCCUCCUCAGACAGCUCCAACUUACGGUGGUACCUGUGAUUGUUAAGUGUGGCUGCAUUUAUGAAUGAAAUUCCCAGUGAGCAUCGUGUUAUGACACCAACACCCAAAUCCUAAACAGGCCUAUUAUAUUUCUGACGCGCCCACUGAUAUCAAGUCUCAAGACUGUGGCUGCCAGUUUGGGAAAAUAAAACUCACAUUCAUACCAAUUUCCGACGAGCCUUUCGACAGCCAAUUUGAGAUAAUAUCAUCUAGCCAAGAUGGGAGAUUUAAACAGCUCAGUGGAUUUUUACCCAAAAAACCAACAAAGGGAACAGAACCAUGCCGGAGGGUUCGGCUGUACGUUGCAGGAGUUACGCUCUCUCAUGGAGUUGCGAGGAGCUGAGGCCAUUCAAAAAAUACAAGAUAGUUACGGAGAAGUCAGUGGCCUAUGUAGAAGACUGAAAACUUCACCCACUGAAGGUUUAUCUGAGAAUGCAGCAGAUUUUGAGAAGAGAAGGCAGAUAUAUGGUAUGAACUUCAUACCUCCCAAAAAACCCAAAACUUUCCUGCAGUUAGUCUGGGAAGCACUACAGGACGUGACUCUUAUCAUUCUGGAAAUUGCUGCCAUUGUCUCCCUGGGGCUUUCAUUCUAUGCACCAUCAGGGGAAGAGAGCGAAAACUGUGGAAACGUGGCGACUGGCGGUCACGAUGACAAUGAAUCAGAAGCCGGGUGGAUCGAAGGAGCCGCCAUAUUGCUGUCUGUCAUUUGCGUGGUGUGGGUAACAGCCUUCAAUGACUGGAGUAAGGAGAAGCAAUUCCGGGGACUGCAGAGUCGCAUCGAGCAAGAACAGAGAUUCUCCGUCAUCAGAAAUGCACAAGUCAUACAGAUUCCUGUGGCUGAGCUCAUUGUGGGAGACAUCGCCCAAAUUAAAUAUGGCGACCUGCUGCCCGCAGAUGGUGUUCUGAUCCAGGGAAAUGAUCUAAAAAUUGACGAAAGCUCAUUGACAGGAGAGUCUGACCACGUGCGUAAAUCUGUAGAAAAGGACCCAAUGCUUCUCUCCGGUACCCAUGUCAUGGAGGGAUCUGGCAGAAUGGUGGUCACAGCAGUUGGUGUAAAUUCACAAACCGGGAUUAUUUUCACCUUACUUGGAGCUGGUGGAGAAGAAGAAGAAAAGAAGGACAAGAAAGCCACCAAAUCUGCUGUCAGUCCUCACCACAUCACCGCUGCUAACGCUUUUCUAAACUCCAGCUACAUAAACGGAAAGCAGCAGGAUGGGGCAGUGGAGAAUAAUCAGAACAAAGCUAAAAAGCAGGAUGGAGCAGUUGCCAUGGAAAUGCAGCCACUGAAGAGCGCAGAAGGAGGUGAAAUGGAGGAACGAGAAAAGAAGAAAACAAGCAUCCCUAAAAAGGAGAAAUCAGUAUUACAAGGGAAGCUCACUAAACUGGCUGUGCAAAUCGGAAAAGCAGGUCUGGUGAUGUCGGCCAUCACAGUAAUCAUCUUGGUGCUCUACUUUGUGAUUGAAACCUUUGUGGUCGAGGGCAAAGUGUGGCUAGCGGAAUGUACCCCUGUCUACGUUCAAUACUUUGUCAAAUUCUUCAUCAUUGGCGUCACUGUCCUAGUGGUAGCGGUGCCAGAGGGCCUUCCCCUAGCUGUUACCAUCUCUCUAGCCUAUUCUGUCAAGAAAAUGAUGAAGGACAACAAUCUAGUUCGGCAUUUGGAUGCUUGUGAGACGAUGGGCAACGCCACCGCCAUCUGCUCAGACAAGACGGGGACUCUCACUACUAACCGGAUGACAGUUGUCCAGUCGUACAUUGGGGAUGUUCAUUAUAAAGCUAGGCCUGACCCCAGCAGCCUCAAUCCCAAAGCCUUGGACCUGCUUGUCAAUGCUAUUGCCAUUAACUGUGCCUACACCACUAAGAUACUACCUCCAGAGAAAGACGGAGCUCUUCCCCAACAAGUAGGCAAUAAAACUGAGUGCGCCCUGCUUGGCUUUGUUCUGGAUAUGCAACGGGACUACCAGCUGGUGCGAGACCAGAUUCCAGAGGAGACGCUCUACAAAGUAUACACCUUCAAUUCUGUUCGUAAGUCCAUGAGCACCAUAGUUUGCCUACCCAAUGGAGGAUAUAGACUGUACAGCAAAGGAGCUUCAGAAAUCAUACUAAAAAAAUGUUCAAACAUCUUAAAUGAAAACGGUGAUCUCCGGACUUUUCGACCACGUGAUAGAGAAGAAAUGGUCAAAAAGGUCAUUGAGCCCAUGGCCUGUGACGGGCUACGUACCAUCUGCAUUGCCUAUCGGGAUUUUCCUGGCGUGCCAGAGCCAGAAUGGGACAAUGAAAAUGUGAUAGUAACCGACCUGACUUGUAUCACUGUUGUAGGAAUUGAGGAUCCCGUAAGGCCCGAGGUCCCCGAAGCUAUCCGUAAAUGUCAGCGCGCAGGAAUAACAGUACGAAUGGUGACUGGAGAUAACAUCAACACAGCACGUGCCAUAGCAGCCAAGUGCGGCAUUAUCCAGCCUGGGGAGGACUUCUUGUGCUUGGAAGGAAAAGAGUUCAACCGGCGCAUAAGGAAUGAAAAGGGAGAGAUAGAACAGGAACGUCUGGAUAAAAUCUGGCCAAAACUAAGGGUCCUGGCUCGAUCAUCACCUACUGAUAAACACACGCUAGUAAAAGGAAUAAUUGACAGCACAAUUGGAGAACAGCGCCAGGUCGUGGCAGUGACCGGCGAUGGCACCAACGAUGGUCCUGCUCUUAAAAAAGCAGAUGUUGGUUUUGCGAUGGGUUUGGCAGGUACUGACGUAGCCAAGGAAGCCUCCGAUAUCAUCUUAACAGACGAUAACUUCUCCAGCAUAGUGAAGGCCGUUAUGUGGGGGCGCAACGUAUACGACAGCAUUUCCAAGUUCCUCCAGUUCCAGCUGACAGUUAACGUGGUUGCAGUGAUUGUGGCGUUUACUGGAGCCUGUAUUACUCAGGACUCUCCGUUAAAAGCGGUCCAGAUGCUUUGGGUAAAUCUUAUCAUGGACACAUUUGCUUCACUGGCUCUGGCAACAGAACCCCCAACAGAAUCCCUGCUUUUGCGUAAACCGUACGGGAGGAAUAAGCCUCUCAUAUCUCGUACCAUGAUGAAGAACAUAUUAGGCCACGCUGUCUACCAACUCAUCAUUAUUUUUACUCUGCUUUUUGUUGGUGAAAUCAUUUUUGACAUUGACAGUGGCAGAAACGCCCCACUUCACUCUCCUCCUUCUGAGCAUUACACCAUCAUUUUCAACACCUUUGUCAUGAUGCAAUUAUUCAAUGAAAUAAAUGCCCGUAAAAUCCACGGAGAAAGAAAUGUUUUUGAUGGUAUUUUCUCAAAUCCAAUUUUCUGUAGCAUUGUGCUGGGGACUUUUGCAGUCCAGGUCUUGAUCGUCCAGUUCGGAGGGAAGCCCUUCAGCUGCUCUCCUUUAAACACCCAACAGUGGCUUUGGUGUCUCUUUGUAGGAGUGGGUGAACUUGUUUGGGGACAGGUUAUAGCCACCAUUCCAACAAGCCAACUGAAAUGUCUGAAGGAGGCAGGGCAUGGGCCAGGAAAAGACGAGAUUACCGAUGAAGAAAUGGCCGAGGAUGAGGAAGAAAUUGAUCAUGCUGAAAGAGAACUUAGACGUGGUCAGAUCCUUUGGUUCCGUGGUCUAAACAGAAUACAAACUCAGAUCCGGGUGGUGAAAGCAUUCCGUAGUUCCCUCUACGAAGGCCUAGAGAAACCAGAUUCAAAGAACUCCAUUCACAAUUUCAUGACAACCCCUGAGUUUCUGAUCAACGAUUACAUCCAUAACAUCCCCCUUAUUGAUGACACCGAUGUGGAAGAUAGUGAGGAGCCUCCAGGCAAGGUUCUGUGGUCCAUUCCACCCCCCUCUCCUAAUAAGAACAACAACGCGAUUGAUAGCGGUAUUUACUUGACCACAGACACCAGCAAGUCGGCCACCUCUUCCAACCCUGGAAGCCCGUUGCACAGCGUGGAGACGUCUCUCUAACAGAAAACAAAAUCCAUCUUCAAGAACCACAAGAAAUAGGAUUCUUCUUUACUUGUUGCCGAUGAGUCUGCAAAGCCAAAAUACAAUAAAACAGAAAUAACCCAGUACUACCCUGCCAAGCAACACAAAACAUGAAUGGUAACUAACACCGAAAUGUGUUAAGAUUCCGUUAAAAUCAUUGUUACUUCCAAAAUGAUCUCUCUCUCUCUUUUCUCUCCCUCUGUUGGGGACCAUCGUCCAAACCAACAACAAGAAGCUAGUAGAUGAUUAGAAACCUGGUGUUCAAACUGCAACCGUCUAAAGCCCCAGUCCCGUGUCAUCAGUAUAGCUUUUGUGUGCCAUUUUGACAUCAUUUCCAAAGUAUCCUCUUAUGCUACGUGCUAGUUGGUACAUGCUGUAACAGAUACACGUGAAGGUGUUGCCAAACAUGCAGUACUCCGGGCUGAGACGGGACAUGGGCUUCCAGCUAUAGUUCGGACGCACGCAAAGGAAACAUUCAAAAUGUUUUUAAAAAAGGUUAAUUCAGUCGUGUCACAAAUGCUGCCAUUUUUCAUUUCCAUCGUGAUGUAUUUUCUCAUUUCUUUCUCAACUAAUAUAUAACAUUUACAUAUAUUAAGUUGGUAAAAGCCAAAUAAAUAACGAAACAAAUGAAA